CACUCAGCCCGCCCGCCUGCUUUCUCUCAUCAUACCAGACCCUACUCGGUCCUUUCUCCUCUAAAAUGGCGGCCGAGUACAAGCAAAAAUUAUAUGAGAUUCAAAGGAGAGAAGGAAAUCGACAAUGCUUUGAUUGUGGGGCUCCUAACCCUCAAUGGUCCAGUGUGAGCUACGGUAUCUUCAUCUGCCUCGAUUGCUCAGGAGUCCAUCGAUCUUUUGGUGUUCAUAUUAGUUUCGUUCGAUCCAUCACCAUGGACAAAUGGUUUGACGAACAAGUCAUGAAGAUGGAUUUGGGCGGUAAUAAGAAGGCCAAAGAGUUCUUUGAAUCUCAACCAGAUUAUCAAUCAUCCAUGCCACUGCCAGACAAGUACAACAGCCACUUUGCAACUAUGUACCGAGAGAAGUUGACAGCUGAGGUCGAAGGCAAACCCUGGACACCCUCGUCUGCUCCUGCAGCUAGCACGAAACGACCCUCAUCAUCCGCUUCAGUGAGAUCGCUCAACAAGACGACACUUGGUACUCAACGUACUGGCUCGGCUCCAUCACUGGGCAGUGCCCAACGCACUAGAUCACCCCUCACAAAUGAAUAUACAUCGAGCAACUUGGCUGGCAACAAUAAAGAAAGAAACGAGGAAUACUUUGCUAAGCUAGGAAAUGAAAAUGAGACUAGACCAGAUUAUUUGCCACCAAAUCAAGGUGGAAAAUAUCAGGGUUUUGGCAAUCCUGCAUUCCAAAGUCAAACGUCUAAGAAGGACGUGCCCGAUAUGAAUGACAUCAUGAAUGAUCCAAUGCAAGCCUUGACGAAAGGUUGGUCAUUGUUGUCGGUUGCUGCUGUAGAAAGUGCCAAAUAUGCUGCGCAAGGUGCUGAACAGUUCACCAAAUAUGCCAACGAGAACUAUGUUCGUCCUGCUUCACAACACUUGGCGGAUCCUAACCUUCGCAACAACGUGUCCUCCUACGGCCAACAACUUUAUUCAAGUUUGGACUCCAACCGCUCAGGCACACCCACAUCACUACGAAGCAACUCCUCCAAUUCACACACCGUCGAUCCCGAUUACAGCCAUGACGACUUUUUCAACAACACCAUAUCGUCAUUGCAACAAAGCAGUAGCUCAUCACCUUCGGGAUCCAGAAGUGCAUCCCCAGCAUUGAAUGGCCCAGCAGCACGCAGCAUUACACCAAGCAAUGGUAGACCAAGGACUCCCUUGAAAGCACCCGUCGCUAAAAAAGCUGCCAAAGUGAACGAUGGCUGGGAUGAUGAUUGGGAAGGAUGGUAAUCAGAGCGACUUUCUGUUAUAAAUGGGACAAAAAAAACGAUACAUUCAGCAGAUGUAGAGAAAUUUGUACAUCUUUGUCACAAAAGCGAUAAUAGAGAAACGUGCCCGCCCUUUCGCUGUACUUCAUUUUUUUUUUUUAUAAACCUUUUCUUCGUUUCUCAUAUCCAACCUCUCUCUUUCUUCUCACCCUCUUCUUUCUCUCCCUCGG